GGAUGUUUCUGUCUCUCCCUACGCUGACUAUUCUUAUUCCACUGGUCUCUGUAGCGGGGCUGUUCUACUCGGCCUCUGUGGAGGAAAACUUCCUGCAGGGCUGCACAAGCACAGCCAGCCUCUGCUUCUACAAUCUGCUCCUGCCAAUCACCAUCGCCCUGUAUGUGUUCUUCCACCUUUGGACUAGGAUGGGUAUUAAACUCUUCCGGCAUAAUUAAUUCAACCAGAGCCAGGAUGGUGUAUAUGUCAGUGAUAGGUUUGGGG